AUGCGGAUGCGUCUGAUCAUACUCCUGCUUAUAUCACUUGAAUUCAUAGAUAGUGAUCAAGCGUAUCUUUCGCAAUUGUCAGGCAAUAUCAGUUUAACAGUAAAAAUAGCCUUGCAUCGAAUGCAAGAGCAUUCUUUCUGGUGUAUCCGGCCGGAAAGUAUGCUUCUGGAAGCAGCAGACGGAAUACGGAAAGCGCGGAAAAAGCAAGAAAAUUUGCUGACUGCAUGCACUGUAUGCACAGUUCCCAUUGAAAAAUCGAUAAAGUCGCCGACGAAAAUUUCUCUUGGAAGCCUGCGGCGACGUAACGAGCGGGGCCCUCGUCGAGAGAAAAGGGCUCCGCGAGAAGAGGGCCGGAUAAACGUAUCUCUGGGUCCGUCGUGGUGUUGUCCGCCGGGGGUGGCGGUAGCGGUGGGGGAGGAGGAGGUUGCAGGCGUCGUGAUUUGGAACGUCGAUCGGGUGGCGGUCGGGGUGUUCCCUGUCUUGCCACCAUCAGCUCUUCUGUCGCAGGAACCGCCGGGGGUUGCGGCCCCGUGGUGGGGUUGCCCUCCUACAAAAAGCGCCAAGGUACUGCGGCAUUCUAUCACAAUUGAAAGCAGUAGCACUGUCUGGGGUCGUGGCAGUCGUGGACGUGGCAGAGAUCGCGGGGGCGGCGCGAACCUCUUUGGUUCUGGCGUCGCCCCCGCAAAUUACGCACCAGGACUGCAGGGUGUUGCGCCUGAGCUGCGAGAAGUCGUGAACAUCCUCGGCGACAGAAACCAGGCUGGAACUCUGACAGGCGUGGGCCCGCCACCGGGAGCGCUGGAUGACAGCACGUGCGACGAUGAGGAGGGAACUUCUACCAAGAGACCACCGAGACCUCUCUACAGGAGGUUAAUUAACUACGUGAGGCAGGCCUGGACCGGCGUCAAAUUUGCUUUAGCUAAUACAAGCCAGUAUGCGCAUUACGUUUUUAAUACUUUGGACCAGGAUCACAGCGGGCUUCUCAGCUUUGAGGAUUUUGUAACGGGCUUGAGUAUAUUGUCCCGCGGCUCAAUAGACGAAAAACUUCGUUGGACAUUUUCUCUUUAUGAUAUCAACGGGGACGGCUGCAUUACGAGAGAAGAGAUGACGGACAUUGUGACGGCCGUAUAUGAACUGAUGGGAAAAUUCUCUGAUCCAAACUUGGAUCCUGAAGGCGUACGCGAAAAAGUGGAUCGUAUGUUUCAGAAAAUGGAUGGCAAUAGGGACGGCGUAGUGACGCUAUCCGAGUUCUUAGAGGCUUGUCGAGCAGAUCCGGACAUCUCGACCAGCAUGGCAGCUCUGGACACUGCCUUCUGA